UAUCAAGGAUUUGCCAGUGGUGAUCCUGAUCAUGAUGCAUGGGCUGUUCGUUAUUUUGUUAAGCGCGGCUUUGAACUUUUCUGCGCCCAAUCAUUUGCCAAGAAUUUUGGUUUGUAUUGUGAACGUGUUGGUAAUUUGACAGUUGUCUCCAAUACCACCGAGCACAAAUCUGCCGUACAAUCACAAUUUACUCUAUUGAUUCGUGGCAUGUAUUCAAAUCCACCAGCAUUUGGUAGUCGUAUUGUGUCGACGGUAUUGAAUAAUGCUGAUUUGAGACAAGAAUGGAUGGAAUGCAUUAAAACAAUGUCCAGUAGAAUUAUUAAAAUGCGACAAGCUCUGAGAUCUCGUCUGGAAGAAUUAAAGACUCCUGGUACAUGGAAUCAUAUUACUCAACAAAUUGGCAUGUUCUCCUACACCGGUUUAAAUGAAAAACAAGUACGCAUCUUGAUCGAUGAAUAUCACAUCUAUUUAUUGAAAACUGGACGUAUCAAUAUGUGUGGUUUGAACGAGAACAAUGUAAAUUAUGUGGCCGAAGCUAUUAAUGCUGCAGUUACUCGUGUCGGCAGUCAAUUGUAAAACUAGCAGCUGUAAUUGUUACAUUAAUAUUUUCUAAUAAGUUAUU